UCAUCAGUCCAAGGAUGAACGUCAAAGAGCCAGGGUCUGGUCGCCACAUCAGUUGAAACGGAGCAUUGGUCCGUUCGCUACAUCCAGCCAGUUAAUAAAGCCGCACCUGAACCGCUCUGCUCGAAGACUGACCCUCCAAAACAACCUGAGUCGGCCAGGAUGGGACCCUCUUCGAUUUGUGAUCCAGCUUAAGUGCCAUUCGACGACCUCCCCACAGUCAAAAACUUGCCCUGCAAACCUCGAAUCCUUUUGAUUUUGUUGACAAGUUCAUGUGAAACAUCAUCAUCAAAACACACAACUCCGGCAAUAUGUUCCGCAACUUGCUUCUCUCACACGACGAUGAGGUCUUUCGCUCCAUGCAAGUGGCCACCAGUUCCAAGACGCCCUAUUCGGAUGCCACCCAAACGAAGAAGCACAAGGUGAACCACAUCAAACGCCCCAUGAAUGCCUUCAUGGUUUGGUCUCAACUCGAGCGUCGCAAGAUCAUCGAAGUCACACCCGACAAACACAAUGCACAGAUUUCCAAAGAGCUGGGCCGACGCUGGAAACUUCUUCCCACGGAGGCCAGGCAGCCCUACAUUGACGAGGCCGAAAGACUGAGAAUCCUUCAUCAGAAGGAAUAUCCUGACUACAAGUAUAAGCCGAAAAAGAAACCCAAAGGAUUUUCGGGACCCGACAGCCCCAGCUUGGCCAAGGCGAACAACAAUAAUAAUAACAACAACAACAACUACAACACCACCAAUAUUAAUUGUAGUAGUGGUAGCAGCAACAACACCAUCACCACCAUCAAUGGAGCCGUGAGCAUUGGCAGUAACAGCUGUAGUAGCAAUCUUAGCUCCAACAGCGGCUGCAGCAGCAACAACAACAACAACAACAAUAACUUUAUGGAGUUAGCCAGCCCAACGAGUGGUAAUCAAAAUGACAACAGUUGUAAGAGUUACAACAACCAAUCCUUAAUCAGAUCAACGGCAGCUGCCUACAACCAUCGAGUAUCGAGCAGGCCAAAGAUUAGUAGUUCGACUACACCACCACUUCUCCUCCCAUCCAAGAUGAAGAUGUCGAGCGAGCAGAAAAAGUUGACAGCGAACAAACUCAAAUUGAAGUUGGCACUCACAGACCGAGCUGCCUUAGCUGCUGCCACCACGAGCGUCAGUAUGCCUAUCAAAGAGAUUGCCUCGAAAAAGAAUUUGCCGUUGUCUCCUCGGGCUUUGCUCCCCCAGACUCCGGCAGUCCCCCUUCAGCCGGCCCCGCCAUCAUCAACAUCAGCAUCAGCAUCUUCACCUUCAUCUUCAUCAUCUGCAUCUGCUUCUUCAGCACCACAACAACCCGAGCGACCCUUAGAACGGAAGGGUAUCCUUGACCUGGUCAAGAGUAGCGUUCCACAAGCAAUGGAACCGUCCGAAACGGCACCAAAGGCCGAGAGUGGGCCUCCACCCAAGCUGCAGGUCAAACCCAUGGUAGCCAAUGGAGGUGGAAACACAUUGGGUGAGAUAAUGGCAGCCUUGGUAAGACAGCAACAACAACAAGGAGCACCUGAAAACAUAAUUCAAAAUGCAAGACUGGAGGACGGUGACGAUUCGAUGGACGGAGUAGUUGAGGCCACCGUGCCCGAAUCCCUGAGCACUUUGAAUACGCCUCCAGUCAUUGCCUCAUUCUUUGCUGCCUCUGAGUCUUUCUACAAGCCCACCUCUGGUGACCCCAAGACCGCCAUGAUCCUGGGACAGGUCCUUACCGACAUUGAUACCCUCGAACUCUUUGAGGGAGGUGAUCCCGAUCUUGGUCACCGAGGAGUGGGACGAAUUGACACGUGGGAGUCCGGAAGCAGCGCCUCAAGUAGCACCGGAUCCCACUUUGAUUUCUCUUGCUCUACGGAAGACGUGUCGGAUAUGUUGUCAGAUAUUGGAGUGUCAGCAGCCGCUGAGUCCGACUGGGUGGACAACCUCAUUAAAAUCUAGAGAGAUUUUUUUCCAUAAAACAAGAAGUUAUUUUUUGACGAACAAAAAUGCCCGUUGUUCUUUCAUUCAACUCUCACUCUGUUUCCCAAAUAACCUGUUCCUGACUGGAGAUUUGUCGCUUCAACCCUCUGAAGCGGAGCAAGCAAGGCUUUACGGCCAUCACAAACGAAAAGGUGUCUCGAUUUCUCUCUCUCUCCCUCUCCCUCUCUUUCUCUUUCUUCCUCUUCACCUCCAGCUCGGUGAGCGAGUGAACAAGAUGGGCGAUCGUUGAGUUCUACGAGUGUCAACGAAUAAAAAUCCACAUUUAACAUCAGCACCAUCAGCUCUCUCUUUCUUUUUCUCUCCCCCCUCCCUAAAAAAAAGAAUGGAGAAUGGCCCCUCGACAACAUCGAUCGAGUUCCUCGCGCAAGGGGAGUGAUGGCCAAGCCCAAACGAAACGAGCCCUGACUGUUUUUUUUUUCUUGGGAACGGUUUUUGCAAUCAGAGGCUACACAGUCCUCAACCCUAUGAUGAUAUAUGAUACACAUGUCUUUCUCAAACAAUUCCUUAUUAUUCUAGCAUGUCAUAAUGAUUAUAUAAUGUUAUGAAUUGACCCAAUGAUCAACAGACCAUGAUGAGUUUCAGGCCCUCAUUAUGGAGAUGAUAGUGAUGAUUUGGGGGGUCCACAUCAUCCAUGUAUCUCCAACAAACGAAAUUGCCGACCUAUGUGAGGUCAAGCUAGGGUGGGUUAAUUUUGGGUACGCACACACACGCCAACGUCCACCAACGACCUGUUUCCCAUUAUUCACCAACCCAAACAACAACAACAACAACAACAACAAAAUCCUCCAUCUCGUUUUAUCUCCAUCUUUCUCUAUUAUUGUCAUUUCUCAGAGCAUCUCAAUGUGUACUUAAGCAGUAAUACUAUUACUCUUUUACUAUAUGAUUGUGGUAGAAGUAGUAACUAGCUACAACGUCGACCACAUGAUCAAUUUGAAUGAUAUUUCCUACUACCACUCUCAACUCUUUAACAACAACAACCACCACCAUACCCUUCUAGAACUAAAUCAAUUUCAACUACUAAAGCAACCUUUUCAUCAUCACUUUCCUUCUCAUCCAUCCAUCUCUCUUUUUCUCUUCUAAACACACACGCUAAUUCACAGACAGCCAUUCUUCUUCCCAAGCCCCCUCCCCAAUAGUUGUUCACCAUUUGCAAAUAGGCCUAGAAAGUGUUAUUUUUCUAAAAACUCUCCAAAAGUAACCCUCAAAUAACGAAACGAAAUACCACUAAAUACACAAACACACAAAAAUUACGCUAUUACUCGAUCGAGCAGAUAUUUGGCAUUAACAACAACUCGUACCGAUAAAUAGACUAGAUAGACCAGGUUCAAAUCCCACCCCGCCCCCUUUGUCACCCACACCUUUCUUUCCAUCCUUUUUCUGUUUUUCUGUGUGAAUGUGUUGAAAGGGGGGAAAAUCUUUGAUCAAAUCAGUUUUCCCCCUGUUGGCCUGGAAUUGAAAAGUGCGAGUCUUUAUCUCAAGUGCUAAUCUCAAAAAAGAAGUGGAAAAAAACCCGAAGAGGCAGAAGCUAAAGAAACAGUCCUUCCUACUGGAGAGCAAAACUGCUUUGACUAUCUGACUCCAUCUUCAUCUACCUGUUUCAUUCUUGUACUUCAAUCCCUCUGUGUCUCUCUCAGCCUUUGUGCUUCACGACGACCCUAAAACGAGCUUGCUUCCUUUGUCAAUUGAUUCAAUUUAAUUCAAGAAAGAUCCUCAAUCCGCACUUUGGAUUCUGGUAGCCUCUCGUUCGAUGUUCAUCCCUCUUUUUCUCAUUUCAUCUUGCUCUCUCUUUCCGUUUUGUUUCCCGUCAAAAGAAACCAUAUUUUAGUCAUGCAUUCAGUUGAAAAAUCCGUCGUCGUUUCCUCUAUUCACACUCGGUUUGUCGUGCCACAAACUCCCAAGUGUGAGGAGGAGGAGGAGACUCUACCAUUAUAAUUAUACUUGAUCUGAUGAUACCUGUACUACUACUACUACUACUACUACUACUACUAUUGCUACUACAACAACUACUACUACUACUGCUACUACUAUUGUGCAUCAACAACUACAACAACUACUACAAACUUGAACACCACCACAUACCCUGACCAAAAACUAAACUUGAAGAAGGAAAAGUCCGCAUUCACAUCAGCCCCUCAUCCUCUUAAUCCUAUGUUCUUGAUUGAAAACAAAAAUCUGUACCAGCGACUGAACUUUUUUCCACGUGCUCGAAAACCGACAAAAUAAAGUCAUACACACAGA